AUGGUAUCGUCCACUCCCUCCCACUCCAUUUCCCACCUUUACGUCCUUAUCCUCACCAUAUACGCCGUCCUCUGCGUUUCUUACGCUACCGCUUCUUGUCUUCCUUGCACAAAUCCUAGCAAGAGAUUGGCUGAUCUCGGACUACUUGGGUUGGACGUGGAGGACGAAGCUGUUUCGGGUUCGGCUGAGGGAUCUGAGGCUCGAUCGGAGGGUGUGGUCAGGGAAUUUAAGCGCGAUGUGUAUUCGCCUCGAAUCACGCAUCCGACGAGUGGGAGUGUGUGGAAGGCUGGGCGAAAUGCUACUGUUACGUGGGAUCUGAGUGAUAUGCCGAGGAACGUUACGAAUCCGUAUGGGACGCUGAUUCUGGGAUACAUAUCCGACGACGACCAAUAUAACGAACACCUCGAUCUUCGUCACCCUCUCGCGCUCAAGUUCGAUAUCCGACACGGCAAUGUCACGUUCAGAGUCCCAAAGGUCAGUAGCAGGGCUGAUUAUGUAGUUAUUCUGUUUGGAGAUUCUGGGAAUCGUAGUCCAAAGUUCUCGAUCAAGGGUUAA